AUGCUCCCGUUGAAGUUGUUAACACGCUUGCUUCACAAGGGCUCGCCUGCCGAACCAGAAGACUCCUACAAGCGGCCCCGCCGAUCCGAGCGUCUGUCCCAGCAUCGCGACCACGACGGCGCCGACAAGACCCCCGUAGACACCAACCGCCAGCUGCCCUCGCCCGUCACCCACCUCAGCACUGAGGAGACCGAGGGCCUCUACAAAGAAGCUACUGCCACGCCCCCCGAGGGCCCGGGCAGCCAGAUUACACAUCACCGAGAGAAUGGGGAGCCCUACUCGCAGACCCAGGGCUUCUCCUCGCCACCGCAAGACACACAGGCCUUUCCAUCCCAGCUCGUAGACCCAAACGCCGCACUUUCAGACGAAGUCGAGGAUGAGGUGAAAGAGGGCGUCUGGGGGUACCUCUUCCCCCUCGAUACAAGAUACGGCGGCCGGUGCGUAGUGAUGAGGAAGCGCGCCGCUUGCCCCAUUCCCAACACCGUUGAAGACAUAGUGCCCAAAAAGAAGGGCAAGAAGGCAUUGGAGGAGGAAGAGGCAGAGUUAGACAAGGCCAAGAUAGUAGGCAUUCCCGCGGGAGGCUACUUAAUAGGGCGUCAUCCAGAGUGCGAUGUUGUUGUCGACGAUCCGAUAGUAUCAAACCGUCAUUGUCUGAUAUUCACUGAGAACAAGGGAGAGGACACCGUCGCGGUUCUAGAAGAUCUAUCCAGCAACGGUACCUUCGUCAACGAAGCUAUUGUUGGAAGGAACCAACGUAGAGAGCUCGCCGAGCAAGAUGAGAUUGCGGUCCUAGACAAGGCUCGAUUCGUCUUCAGAUACCCUAGGAGCCGGACGACAAGUGCGUUUCUUCAGCAGUACACGCUGCUAGAGAAGCUUGGAAAAGGUCACUUCGCCGAAGUAUUCUUGUGCGUUGAGAAAUCAAGCGGUCAACGCUAUGCGGUCAAGAUCUUCACCAAGACGCCCGGUAUGGAAGAGCGCUCGAAGACAGAAGGUCUUCAACAGGAAAUCGCCGUCCUGAUGGGCGUAAGCCACCCGAAUGUACUAUGCUUGAAGGAUACCUUCAACGAGAGAAACGCCGUCUACCUGGUCCUCGAGCUUGCGGCGGAAGGAGAGCUGUUCAACUACAUUGUCAUGAAGCAGAAGCUCACCGAGAACGAGACUAGAAAGCUCUUUACUCAGCUAUUUCAAGGUGUCAAAUAUCUGCACGACCGUAACAUUGUGCACCGAGAUAUUAAGCCUGAGAAUAUUCUCAUGACAGACAAGGACUUACACGUCAAACUCGCAGACUUUGGUCUUGCGAAGAUCAUUGGCGAGGAGUCUUUCACAACCACAUUGUGCGGCACUCCAAGCUAUGUUGCGCCAGAGAUUCUUGCAGAGGGUAAGAAUCGCAAGUAUACCAAGGCUGUUGACGUAUGGUCGCUUGGAGUUGUGUUAUACAUCUGUCUGUGUGGCUUUCCUCCAUUCUCCGAUGAGCUCUACUCCAAAGACUUCCCCUUCACGCUCUCCCAACAAAUUAAGACUGCCCGCUUCGACUAUCCUUCACCAUACUGGGACUCUGUCGGCGAUCCAGCACUCGACCUCAUCGACUCCAUGCUCGUAGUCGAUCCCGAGCGCCGCUUCACAAUCGACCAGUGCCUCAGCCACCCCUGGAUGACCGCCAGCGCCCCAGGCGUCAACGAUAGCACCGGCGGCCUCGUCGGCGGCAUCGCAGGGCUCGAGGUCAACCGGCGCGGCAUCCCGCGCGAGCGCACCCUGCUGAGCUCCAUCAACUCGGUGCAGGUGACACGCAUCGCCGGCAGCCAGCCCGGCGAGCAGGCCGUCAAGGUCUACACCAAGAACCCCAAGGGCGGGCCCAAGGCCAAGUGGGCGGCGGCAGCGGCGGCGGCCAAGGAGGCCCGCCCGGCCGACCACCGCCAGGCCGGCGAGUUCAUGGAGAUGGGCGGCAAGGGCGACGAGGCGCUCUUCGGCACCGACGGCGACAGCUACUACAGCAAGAACGACAUCGUCGCCGCCAAGACGCAGAAUGGCACCAAGCAGCAGCAGCAGCAGCAGCAGCAGCAGCCAAACAAGGGCGGAAAGACGGGAAAGAAAUACUAG